AUGGCGACUCAAAGCCAAUCGCUGCUGAAGCUCUUUACUCCCGGCUCGGACAUCUCCAAGAUUAGCUUCGACCCCUCGCUCCCCUCGCCGCCCGAUUCCAACUCUUCCUGCGCAUCCUCGGCCAUGCUCUCGCGUGUCAACUCUGCCUCUUCAGCUGUUGUGAUGCAGAGCAAGCUGAACCCCGAGUCCGCGGUCUGGAUGCCCCCAGGCUGGGGAGAAUUUUCUCCCGCGCCCUCUAAGAAUGGUACUCCGGCCAAGGGCCAGGGCGAAGAGCCUCGCAGCGGUGAUUAUGCGUUCCCCAGCUACACAUUCAUCACUUCCCCAUCAUCCUCGCAUCGCCACCACCAUGUUCGCGGCAAAAGCAGCAUCACCAGCCCGAUGCCAACCUCUGGACGCAUGACGGAGCCCAGAAACUACGCGCCGCGUACCUCUGGCCGUCCCAUGCGCAGCGAGCCGCCGCCCAAGUUCAACCUGGAACUGCCAACAGUAUCCCAGCAUGAGUGGGAAGUGCUGCCGCCCCCAGAGGCGUUUGAUCACCAGCUCGGCGCUAUGGUCCAGCAGGUUCUGCCUGCCCCUCAGGCCCUGACAGUGUACCAGCCGCCGGUCGAGGUGUACGAUGGAAGGUCCGACAAACUCAAGGCGCUCACGAACCCGGCCUGGGGCGACGCCAUGCUCGCUGCUGUUCUCGACCCUAGCAACAUGCCGUUUGUUGAAGCGGCCAAGCAGGCUACGGCCAAGAAUCACGGUGUCGUUCGUCUUGGUAACAUCCCCUUUGCCACCAAGCGUUCUGAGGUAAUUGCCUUUCUCGGACGUAACUCCAAGAUCUUGAAUGACGCCGACGAGCCAGUCCAUAUUAUCAUGGAAAAGGUCACGAGCAAGACAAUGGACGCCUACGUCGAGUUCAUGACGCUAGAGGAUGCCAUGCGCGCGGUAGAGAAGCAUGCGCAGAACCAGCUCUCUGGUAGGCCGACACGUCUAGGAGAUCGCCCUGUGGACUUGCAGCUCUCCAGCCAGGCAAAUCUGAUGAAGGACCUUUUCCCUGUCGCGGCUGGUGUCGUCUGGAAGGGGGUUACGCCCGAGAUCCAGCCGCAUAAGCCCAAUGAGCCGUGGGCUAACUUCAAAGGCUUCAUCUCCGCUGAGGAGAUGGUCAUGCUUGUGAAGCAUGUGGAAGUUCCCCAUCGAUCCCCUUUUUCCAAGGAGUGCCCUCAGCGCCCCUACGAAUGCCUUAUCAGCACCCUGCGCAAGUUUCCCUGGUACAUGACGGCGUGCAUCACGGUCGCCCAGCGGGGUGCGAUGUUCCAGGCGACCUGCGAUCUGCUGCGACUGCUUCUCAAGAGCCUCGACAAGGGCGAUGACCCCGUGAACCUCAGCAACCAGCUGCUGCGCCGCGUGGCGAAGGCUGCCAUGGAGUGUCCCGGCUUCACGGCCUUGAUGAAGGACGACAUCGUCUGGAUCGUCGGCAUGUCCGAGGACGAGCAGCGCGCCUACGGCCAGCCUCGGUUCGCGAGCAGCUGGCGCCAUCAGUACGCCCUGGUGCCCAAGCUCGGUAUGCCACUGGACGUUGUUGAGUGGUACAUUGCUGCGAUUCGCGAUCGGACGAUGCGUGACGUGUUUGCGCUGCCCCACGGCGACCGUCGCGCUGUUCAGGAGAAGGCCCAGUCCACUGACGGAUACUGGGGCUACUUCUGGAACGAGCUCAAUUACCCUGAAGGCGCCGAGUUCGACACCAUGACUCUGGCGCACGUUGCCCAAGUCGAGUUUGGAGUUGUUGAGACUAUUCUUGCUCGCGCUUUCGGUUCUAUGUGA